AUGAGGAGCCUGUGUGUUUCUGUACCUCUGCUACUGCAGCUUCUGGGCUCUGGCCUGUGCCAGUUCCCCCGGCUGUGCGCCAACUCCGAGGGGCUCCGGACCAAAGAGUGCUGCCCGCUGUGGGAGGGUGACCGCUCGGCCUGCGGCGCCCUUUCGGGCCGCGGUUUCUGCUCCGAGGUGGAGGUGUCGGACGAGCCCAACGGGCCCCAGUACCCACUCAAUGGCAUAGACGACCGGGAGCGCUGGCCCUUGGCCUUCUUCAACAGGACGUGCCGCUGCGCCGGCAACUACGGCGGGUUCAACUGCGGCGAGUGCCGCUUCGGCUACUGGGGCCCUGCCUGCGCCGAGUACAGGGAGUCGGUGCGCCGCAACAUCCGGACGCUGUCGAGCACCGAGCAGCAGAAGUUCAUCUCCUACCUCAACCUGGCCAAGAACACCGUCAGCCGCGAUUACGUCAUCUCCACGGCAACGCGGGCGGAGAUGGGCGAGGACGGCGAGAACCCGAUGUUCUCCGACAUCAACACCUACGACCUGUUCGUCUGGAUGCACUACUAUGUGUCGCGGGACGUCUUCCUGGGGGGGGCGGGGAAUGUGUGGCGGGACAUCGACUUCGCCCACGAGUCUGCAGCCUUCCUGCCCUGGCACCGCAUCUUCCUGCUUCACUGGGAGAACGAGAUCAGGAAGCUGACGGGAGAUUUUAACUUCACCAUCCCGUACUGGGACUGGAGGGAUGCCCAGGCCUGUGACGUGUGCACGGAUGCUCUGAUGGGCGGGCGAAGCCCUUUUGAUCCAGACCGCAUUAGUCCCGCCUCCGUCUUCUCCUCGUGGAAGGUGAUUUGCACCCAGCCGGAGGAGUACAACAACCGAGAGGCAUUGUGCAACGCCACCGGGGAAGGGCCGCUGUUGCGUAACCCUGGAAACCAUGAUCCGGGCCGCGUGACGCGACUUCCAUCUACGGCCGACGUGGAGUUCGUGGUGGGCCUCACCGAGUACGAGACGGGGCCCAUGGAUCGCUUCGCCAACCUGAGCUUCAGAAACACCCUUGAGGGUUUUGCCGAUCCUGAGACAGGCAUGGCGGUGCAAGGCCAGAGCACCAUGCACAACGCAAUGCACCUCUUCAUGAAUGGCUCCAUGUCCUCAGUGCAGGGCUCAGCCAACGACCCCAUCUUCCUGCUGCACCACUCUUUCAUUGACAGCGUUUUCGAGCGUUGGUUGAGGCUCCACCAGCCACCGCGGACCCACUACCCGCGUGCCAACGCCCCCAUUGGCCACAAUGACGGCUACUACAUGGUGCCCUUCCUGCCUCUCUACAGAAACGGAGACUACUUUCUGUCAAACAAAGCUCUGGGAUACGAAUACGCCUAUCUGCUGGACCCGGGCCAGAGGUUCGUCCAGGAGAUUCUGACCCCUUACCUCCAGCAAGCCCAGCAGAUAUGGCAGUGGCUCCUGGGGGCCGGAGUCCUCGGGGCGCUUUUUGCAUCCGUCGUGGCCGCCCUGAUCGUCACCGUGUUAAGGAGGUGGAAGAGGAGCCAGCGGAGGAAAAGGGCGUCGAGCUACGGGGAGAGACAGCCGCUGCUGCAGAGCAGCUCGGAGGAAGGCUCCUCCUAUCAGACGCCACUCUAA